GGGCUGGACACGGAAGGGCCCCUCACCUCGCGUCUCUCUCCGCUUCUGCUGCAAUCAAGAGCCAAGAAGCUUCCCAUUAAUGCCGAAAUCUCUCUCCCUGUGUCUCUCCGAGGAGAAGAUGCAGAAGUGGGGCAGGAAGAAGAAGAACCAACUCUCCCUCCUCUUCGUCCUCUUCCUCUGCUUCUUCGUGCUCUUCAAAAUUACUAUCCUCAGCAAUGGCGGAAUCACGAGAAGCCGAGGAGAUGACGACCCGCAUUCAAAUUCAAAUUCAAAUCCCAACCCUUCUUCUCUCCCUACUUAUCUCACCUCCAACGCUUCGACUCCUCGAGUCGCGAAUCGAGUCUUAGGUGCUUCGGACUGGUCGAAGGCCUGCACUACCAUCCAGAGCUACAAAAGAAGGGCGGCAGUUGCAGCGGAAGACGGUCGGCAGCACGAGAGCAAAUCCGACGGUUGCAACUUGUUCUCGGGGAGAUGGGUCUACGAUAACCGUUCAUAUCCGCUGUAUGAGGAGCUCGAUUGCCCUUACAUGUCGGAUCAGUUGGCGUGCAGAAAGCACGGCCGGCCCGACAGGGAUUACCAGAGCUGGCGAUGGCAGCCUGACAGUUGCGAGUUAAAGAGAUGGAAUGCAACUGAGAUGCUGGAGAAGCUAAGAGGGAAGCGGCUUAUGUUUGCGGGAGAUUCGCUAAACCGAGGCCAGUGGAUUUCCAUGGUCUGCCUCGUACAAUCUGCGAUUCCUGCUGGCAAGAAGUCGAUGACGCCUAACGCCGGUUUAACGAAAUUUAUGGCCGAGGAGUAUAAUGCUUCUAUUGAGUUUUACUGGGCACCACUGAUUGUAGAAUCAAAUUCCGAUGACCCGAUAAACCACAGACUAGAUGAGAGGAAAAUCCGACCGGAUUCACUGCUUAAGCACGCAGCUGAAUGGGCGAAUGCCGAUAUACUCAUCUUCAACUCAUACUUGUGGUGGCGGAGCGGAAAUAAGAUAAAGCUUGUAUGGAGCAGUAGUGAAGAGGACAUUUGCGAAGAAGCCGACGGAAUAGACGCAAUGAAGUUGGCCCUGGAGACCUGGGCAGGGUGGGUCUCAACAAGUGUAGAUCCCCAGAAGCAGCAGGUUUUCUUUGUUACAAUGUCGCCCACGCACCUCUGGAGCAGGGAAUGGAAUCCGGGCAGCGACGGAAACUGCUACGACGAGAGAGCGCCGAUCGACGACGAGGGCUACUGGGGGAGUGGAUCUGACGUAGAAACCAUGCAUGCGGUGGCGGCGAUAAUGGCUAAACUGGGCAGAAAGAUCACGGUUCUCAACAUUACCCAACUAUCGGAGUAUCGAAAGGACGGGCACCCCUCGAUCUACCGGAAGUUCUGGGAGGCGCUGACCCCGCGACAGCUCGCAAAUCCGGCCAGCUACGCCGACUGCAUACACUGGUGCCUGCCCGGCGUGCCGGACGUCUGGAAUGAACUCCUAUUCAAUUCAUUGUAGCUGUACAGAAAAACCUGCAGUGGAAAUGGAAUUUAUCAGCACAUUGAUUGAGGUGGAUCAACUUGCUCUGUAAAAAGUUUGCCGAUGUAAACUGAUGCUAUCUUUGUUCUUUUCUUUAUUUCCCCUCUGAUGGUGACAGAUACAAUGUUUUUGAAGUGUGUUUGCUUUGCCGAAAGCGCAGAAAAGUAUAGUUGUUUUGGACCGCAA